UCCGCCUAAGCAAUGGUUGUUACGUACCCAGCUAGUGCCUGCCCGCCUAACCAAUCGAUAGCAACACGUCUGAUCCCGCCAACUCAAAGCCUUGUCAGCAGAUCCAAGACGAACUACAACGAAUUCGUCCGAAGCAAUCCCCUACAUACCCUUCCUCUCGAGAUAUAUAGACCAAACCGCUGGUCUACAGAGCGCCUUCCCUUUCGCAACUUGCUGCAUCGAGACGCUGCUCCGCGGCAACCCAGCUCACGAUGCCUACCACAACCGCGGAAACCCUUUCCUUGGUCCAGCGCAAUGUCUCGGUCGCACCUCUAGUCUUGCUGUCGGCUGUAGACCACUACAACAGAACUGCCCAGAAUAAGUCAAAGAGAAGAGUCGUCGGUGUGCUGCUUGGUCAGAACGAUACCAACGAUGUCAGAGUAUCAAACAGCUUUGCUGUUCCAUUUGAGGAAGACGACAAGGACCCCUCCGUGUGGUUCCUUGACCACAACUACGUCGAGUCGAUGAUUGAGAUGUUCAAAAAGGUCAACGCCAAAGAGAAGCUCAUUGGCUGGUACCACUCUGGUCCUAAGCUGCGGGCAUCUGACUUGCAAAUCAACGAACUUUUCAAGCGCUACACACCUAACCCGCUGCUCGUUAUUAUCGAUGUCCAGCCUAAGGAGUCUGGCGUGCCCACGGACGCGUACUUUGCCGUGGAGGAGAUUAAAGAUGACGGAACUACCACAUCCCGCACAUUCGUUCACACACCGUCAAUUAUCGAGGCCGAAGAAGCAGAGGAAAUUGGUGUCGAGCACCUGCUACGAGACAUCCGCGACGUCGCUGUCGGCACAUUGUCCACACGAGUUACAAAUCAGUUGCAGUCUCUACAAGGACUGCACCUGCGCCUGCGGGACAUUGGUGCAUACCUGCAAAAGGUUCUUGACGGUCAGCUGCCUGUCAACCACGCCAUUCUGGGCAACCUCCAAGACGUCUUCAACUUGCUGCCCAACUUAUCGACGGCCGAGGGCGACAGCAAGACUGGCACUGGCGAACUUGCGCACGCAAUGAGCAUCAAGACAAACGAUCAGCUCAUGACCAUCUACCUGAGCAGUUUGAUUAGAGCAAUCACUGCGUUCCACGAUCUCAUCGAGAACAAGAUCCAGAACAGACAGCAGGCCGAAGACAAGAAGGAGGAAAGCGAAAAGGAAGAGGCCAAGGACACAACCAAGGAUGCCGCACCUGAAGCCAAGGAGGGUGACAAGGACAAGGAGGCCAAGGACAAGACGAAAUAGACAUCAUGCCGGGGGAGCAUGUAGAACACACAAAAAAGAGAAUAAACAAAUACCUUUUUAAUGAUCCAUUGUAACGUGUCUAUAUACAUGCUAUAAACGUAGCGUAUUCUUCUCUAGCACAGGUUCGCUCCUCAACAUUGUUCACCAACACUUUCUGCCACUUUUCAGCUAGCAAGCAAGCCAAGAGAUGCUUGCAGCAUGGCAGUAUCUCUCCAGAAGAUGCUAUGCUCACUGAUGAGACGCCGCCAAACACUGCCUCUGCAUCCGCCGCAGCAACUCGGUCCGUUUCCAGAGCCGUCUCUGCGUCCAUACCAUACGCCUCGUAGGCAAAGCCAGCGCAGGAGCAAUUCCACGCGUGCAGCUGCACGAGAUAUGUUGUCUGGGACUGCGUAUUGGUACUCUUUGCGUAUCGCGGCUUCACGACGGCCGACUUGACGAUGUACGCCUGCGGAGAGAUCAUUUUCGUCUUUUCGGCAUCAUCACGUCGCAGAGAAAUCUUCGUCAAGAGGCCGCGGUCUAGAAGAUCGAGCGCUGGUAGCAAUUGCGUCGGAAACAAUACGUGGAGCGUAAGGAGCAGCUUGCGGCGCAGAGCGAGGCGCGCGGGGUCAUUUCUAUCCGCGGGGUCUAGAUCCGCAAGACCAUUCGUGAUUUGAGUGAUGAUUUGACGCUGGGAUUGUAAAGGAUUUGUCAUUUCGUCUCCUUUGAUCCCCGGCUUCAAGAGCCCAUUUCGUAGGUGUCGCUGGCUAUGAUGGGCAAUCCUAAUGGUUGAUGAUGUGACAAAGAAAGUUCACGAUGCGCUGUGGAGUUCGCAACACCACCAUCUACCUUGGUUGGCUAAGAGAUGUGGCCGUGAGUGUGUGAUUUAUUUAUUUUAUUUUAUGUUUUAUUUGUAAAAUUGUGUAAUGAUACAUCUGAUUCAUUUUUUUCUUUUAAAAUACAGGGAGUAGAAGAAGAAAGCUCGGUAGUAAAUCUACAAAUUUUAUACCCAUUCCUUGGGCUCUCUUAACACAUCGACGAGCCUCUGCUCACGACUCUUGGGCGCCGGCUCGUGCAUGUACUUCCAUGUGGCGGUAAGAGGCAAGCUCAUGAGGAUACUCUCGACGCGGGAGCCCGGUGUGUUCAGGCCAAAGGCAGUGCCGCGGUCAUGGACGAGAUUGAACUCGACAUACUUGCCACGGCGGAUCUGCUGCCACUCCUUCUCUUCCUUGGUGAAGGGCAUGUCCUUGCGGCGCUCGAGAAUGGGCAUAUACGAGGGCAAGAAGGACUUGAGGCAGUCCUGGAUAAAAGCAAAGGUAUUGUCCUGAUCGCGCUCCGAGUCGUCAAGGUCGUCGAAGAAGAUGCCGCCUACGCCGCGGCACUCGCCACGGUGCUUGUUGCUAAAGUAUUCGUCGCACCAUUUCUUGAAGCGUGGGAAGUACGUCUUGUCGUGGGAGUCGCAGGCGUCCUUGAGCGUCUUGUGGAAGUGGAUGGCGUCCUCGUCAAACAGGUAUGACGGCGUCAGAUCGCUGCCGCCGCCAAACCACCACGCCUGCGAGGUGCCGUCGGGGUUGGCCGUCUCAAAGUAGCGGUAGUUGAGGUGCACCGUGGGCGCCAUGGGGUUGUGCGGGUGCAGCACCAUGGACAGGCCGGCAGCAAAGAAGUCGAGCGACUCGACGUUGGGGUCCAGGUUCUUGUGGUUGGCGCGCAUCUUGGCAAUGGCAGGCUUGGGCAGCGAGCCGUAGACUACGCUGAUUCCAACGCCGGCCUUUUCAAACACCUUGCCGUCCUGGAGCACGCAGGUGAUGCCGCCGCCGCCGUUGGGGCGCGACCACUCGUCCUUGCGGAACUUGCCACCGUCCACCUUCUCCAGCUCCUUGACAAUGAUUUGCUGCUGCUCCUUGAUGAACUUUUCCAUGCGCAGGCGCAUCGGCGAGUCGUCGCCCACGGCGCCCUCGCGCUUCUUCUGUGCAUCUUUUUCGGCGAGCGAGGAUGUGUCGAGCUUGACGGCGUCGUUGGAGUUCUUUGAGUAGUGUUAGUGUAUGAGGAGAGCGUGCAAUUGAGCCUACAGGAUGCCGACGUACCGAGUUGAGGAGCGUGUAGGCAAGAGGAGCUGUGACACCUAGGCCGGCGGCCAGCCAGAGGGGAGUCGACGAGCGACUGCUCUUGGAGGACUGGGCAGAGCUGGAGAAGCUCGCGGAUCUAUUGCUGAGCUUCAAUCGGCGCAUAGGGGAAGCUCCCUGGCGCAGCGAGGCCAUGAGCUUGCCAUUACGGCCGACAGCGGACAUUGUUGCGACUUGGCGAUGGGAGUGACGACGAGCGUUGGUAAGCCGAAGUGCUGGAGUGUCGGGUUAAAUACGUCGUGGGUCUAGAAACGGGUUUGAGUGGCGGAGGCUAUAAAAGCAGAUGCAAGCAGACACACGCCGAAAGCCAAUUGGUCGUUUUAAUCAAGGUCCAACUAUAUUGUCGGGCCAUUUAUGUCAAAGUCAUG